UUGUCAACGAAAUUAUGUCGUAGAAAAUAUCGCGCAAUUUUUAUCAAAAUGAAAUUGGUUCGAGAAUUAGCUCAGGCGGUCAUAAGACUCAACAUUGUGCAAAAUAACUGUGCUCAACUGAGAUAUAUCCAUCGUCCAGUUAGGAAAUUGAAGAAAGACCCGGAAGAGGCAGUAGAAUGCUUGAAGCCAGCAAAAAAGCCGCCCAAAAAGUCGAUCUGGAAUAUAUUUAAAGGGAAGAAAGAAGCAGAAUGUUAUGAGGCAGAGAAGAAAGCAGAUACGAAUCCUGUAAAGCCUGUUCCGGACGAGCAGAUAGUUUGCGACCUUAAGCACAUAUCGAAUAAAAUGGGUGGCGAUGCGUACCGAACAUGCGGAACCGCUUACAUUCUACAAACGGGCCACGUCGAAAUGCCCAACCUCGAAACGGAUCCGGAAACGAAAAUCCUGGAGGAUAUGGUGAAAGACCCGUCGCUGAAGGGCCAGGUGGACCCGAUGCCGCCCUUCGAGAGCGCCGAGAAGCGCUUAAUUGAUCUGAGCGAGAGGAAAUUGCACCCGUUAUAUAAGAGAUUAAUGUCAAUUCCCAAACCACCUAAGCCCCAACCUGUCCCUGCCCUACGGGGUUCCUACAAGACCAGGAGCGGACCUGUGUCGCCCUCUGACAUUCCCGAACGCCUCAAACUAAACAAGGAAGCUUUCGAAAAGAAAAACAUAUUUUGCGAAUUUAAAAAAGCCCACCCGCCGCAACAGCUAAUGGCGAGACUGGUCGAAAUGAACCAGAAUCGGCGAGGUACUAUGGAGAAAAAAAUUGAGGAAAUGGCUAAAACAGAUUGUUCUAACUAAUGUUAAAAAAAAGAAAUGUUAUGUACAGAGAAACAAGAUGUUUAAUAACAGUUGUCAAUUUUU